UACAUGCUGCUGGAUUGGAAAAUGAUAAUCCAGAGGAGCAACCAUCACUAGCUGAACCUCCGAUUAUAUCUAUAGAUGUCUCUCAUUUGUAUCAUACUGAUCAGCGUUUCCCUUUGAAAGAUGAUCUUAUGAAAUGGGUUCGCGACAUUUCUAUGGCAAAUAAUUUUGUUUUGGUGACAACAAAGUCUGAUAGUGGUGCGAAGGGAAGAAAAGAAUAUGUCAUUCUGGGGUGUGAGAAGCAUGGUGCGUAUAUUCCCUACAGAGAACCGGAUCUUGUUGAAGGAACGUCAAUACAAAAGACAGGUUGUCCUUUUAGGCUAAAAGGACGACGUACGAAAGAUGAUAAAGGUUGGUGGUUGAAGGUGAUGGACGGUAGACACAUCCAUCUCGCAGCUGAGUCACUAGUUGGCCACAAUUACGCUGGUAGACUGAAUAGUGAGGCGAAGGAGGACGUGAUAAAUCAGGCUAAGACUUGGGUUCCACCUUGAAAGAUGUUGGCGUCCUUGAAGGAAAAAGAUCCUUCAAACUUGACUACCAUCCAACAAAUUUAUGGUGUUUGCAAGCGGUUCAGACAAUCCGUUCGUGGGUCACUGACAGAGAUACAAUACUUGCUGAAGAAGUUGGACGGUGAGAAGUAUGUUCACUUCGAACGAAAUGAACCCGGAUCGGAAGUGAUUAGAGAUAUAUUUUGGGCUCAUCCGAAUGCCGUCAAACUUUUCAACACAUUCCCAUAUGUAGUGAUCAUGGAUUGCACAUACAAGACCAACAAAU